CAAAAUUAAGCCGCCCCCUCAGAUUUCACCAAGCAAGUCCAGUGGAGGAGAGUUCUGCGUUGCUGCCGUCUUCGCCUCGUCCCGCUCCUGGUUUAUCACAAACCCCAGCAUGAAAAGAGAGAAAGAUCAGUCUCGGCAGUCGGUAGUCGACUCACUCUACAUAACCAGCUGCUAUGGUAACUUGGUGGAGCAUGUCCUGGAGCCGCGACCAUUUAGCACCGCGCAAAAGAUAAGUGACGAUACGCCUUUGGAGCUCAGUACCUCUCCCAGAGCAUGCUGGACUUUGGCAAGGACUCCACAGUGGAAUGAGCUGCAGCCACCCUUCAACUCCAACCAUCCUCUGGUGUUGGCCUCGGACCUGGUGCAGUACUAUCAGUACCUUCUUGCUGGAAUGCCUCCUGGAAGCCCGGGUCCAAUCACACGUCACGAGUCGUCCGACAGCCUGGAGUCGGACCACAGCGGCCAGGAUGAUGAGGAGUGGCUCUCCCAGGUGGAGAUUGUGACCCAUACAGGCCCCCACCGACGCCUGUGGAUGGGCCCGCAGUUUCAGUUUAAGACCAUUCACCCAUCAGGUCAGACCACAGUCAUCUCCUCCUCAUCCUCAGUGCUGCAGUCCCAGGGCCCCACUGACAUCCAACAGCCCCUCUUGGACUUCGACACAGAUGACCUGGACCUGCACAGCCUUCGAAUCCAGCCAGUGCGUUCAGAACCUGUCAGCAUGCCCGGCUCAUCCCGGCUUCUGACGGACCGCCGAGGACAGUCCAACAUCUUGGACGCCGGAUCAGGGCCUUUUGAUGGGCGUGGCAUAACGCUGCUGGAGGUGUGUGGGAGCUGGCCGGAGAGCUUCAGUGUGCCACGGCACAUCGUCGGAUCCACAGACGCAAGUGAUGAAGGCCUGAGAGAGAGACUAGCAGACGCCAUGUCUGAGUCACCUUCCAGGGAUAUUGUGGGCUCUGCUACAG